AUGGAUGCGACGAGCAGCUCCCCGCCCGACAACGGUACAGGGCGAGUUUUCGACGAGACCAUCGCUGAAAAGGUGCCUUCGGGCUUUGGAUCAUCCGCUCUACAUUCAAACCAUUUGACCGUGGACACCCACGCCGGCGCUCCCCGAAAUACUCCUUCCCACUUUCGAGCCACAACACCCCGAACGUCAGAUGGCCAGUCACAUGAAGAGCUCGUCCGACCACAACAAUUUACCCCACGGACUCUACCUCCUUGGAUUCGACCGGUCAACACAGUCGAAGACGACGGGGAGGAUGCUACAGCAAGUGACCGCCUAUUGCCCUCGCAGCCAAACGAUGCGCGUGUCGCUCAGCAUAACUAUUCCCCUCAUAAAACCUCCCGGCCGGAAUUUUCCCUGUGGAAAGACCGAGCUCUUCUUGAGGAGAAUCGGUCACCACCGCUCCACCGGGAAUCCCGCUGGAAGACAUUUUCGCGCACUAUCCAGUAUCCCCGAGAACCUGACGGGGAGAUUAAAGAGGUUACACCGGAAUGGAUGAACGAGCAUUACGGGGACUACUCGGGACCAUGGCGAGGGAAUCUUCUUGAAGGGGAUAGCCCGGAGUAUCCAUUACACAACAAUGGACGUCGGGAUAUUUGGUUCAAACGCUUCCAGCACAACCUGCUCAGAAGCCCUAUCGUACCGUUGAUCCUGCGCUUGACGGUUUGGUGCUUUUCGCUCUCGGGCCUAGCUCUGGGUGGGUCGAUUCAGUACAUGUCCAACAAGGGGCAUCAUAACCAAGGUCCUUCCGCGCUGAUGGCAAUAAUUGUCGAUGCCGUGGCGCUGGUUUAUCUUAUCUACAUCACAGUCGAUGAGUACACGUCGAAGCCGCUCGGCCUGCGAUCUCCUUCGGCCAAAGCUCGGCUGAUUCUGCUCGAUUUGUUCUUCAUCGUUUUCGAUUCCGCCAAUCUUAGUCUGGCGUUCGACUCCUUGUCCGAAGUGACGGGCUCCUGUACCGAGGCAAAUGUCAACUCCAAAUUGGACCCUCGAAAUGAUAGUAUCUGUGUGCGACAAAAGGCUCUAGCGUCUGUUCUUUUGGUUGCCCUCCUCGCCUGGCUCAUGACAUUCGCACUCAGCGUUCUAAGACUUGUUGAGAGAGUGAAACAGUGA